AUGAUGACUUGGCGCCGAAACAAAGCUCCUGAUGAUGUCCCCCCUUCUCCUCCCAGCAGCAACACAAUGACUUGGCGACGGAAUCAAGCCCCUGCAUCCCCUAAGCCAUCACCAGCAACACCAACGCGUGCUGGCAACAGGCGCAGACGAUUGUCAAUGACACAGACUGUUCCCACUGGAUGGAUGGCCACAGCGGCUGCUACUGUGGCCCCCUCCUUUAUCAGGCCAAACACCCCCCUCGUGCUGACCCGACAAGAGUUCCUAGAGAUGCAAGCAGAGAGACUUCGAACUGAGGGGGAUAUCACUUUCCUGUUGGAAGAUCCAGAGCAAUUCGCCAAGUUAAAGAGUGAGCUGAGGAGGAGCGGAGCCGUGACCAACACAGUGUUGAAGCAUGGUAUUCAUUUCUAUGCCAGAUCCCAUGCAUUCAGAGCAGCACAUGCUGUCGCAUGA